UUCCGACGUGUUUAGUUAUAAACGUAACGCCAAUGUACAUAAAUUUAAUCAAGUGUGUACGCAUAAAAAAAUGUUAUGCACAUAAAAUUUAAUUAAAUACUCUAGACGUAGAUAUAGUAUAAAAAAAAACAUAUUUAAAGAGUGUCGGAUGAAACUGUUUUGUCAUUGGAGAUUUCAAUUACCUAUCCAAGCUCCGAACAUCAAAAUAUCAGACAAAAUGUUUGCAGUGCAAGUAUUGGUCGUUCUAUCGGCGAUGAUUAUUAUUAAUCGGGCUGCAGUAAUGGACCACGAGGAGCUAAUAACAAAGAUUCCUGUAGUUGAUAAAAUCGAACGGGAAAAGUUGCACAACAAAGCACAUAAUAAUCCAAAUUAUGAUUCUGAAACUGUAAAUUCACAUGAUUCUUCUACAACAUAUUCAUAUGAAGAUAUCAUAGAUCCGAGAAAAAUGCCUGUAGAAUUUAGUUCAUUAUUCGGUAAAUUUCUUGGGCAAACUAUUCCAGUAAUUAUGAAAACAGUAGACGAUAUUAUUGGAGCUGAACGAUCAAAACAAUUAUGAAUUUAUUACAAUUAAAAAUAUAAUACGUAAUAAAAUCAUUAAGUUAAACUGUUAUUAUUCUUUCCAUUAAAUGAAUUGUUUGGUGGAGCUAGUUGGGAUCUUCUUCGUGGGUUACUCUUCCAAUCUAUAUAGUAUAAACAUUUUUCCUAUUUCCACUCCUCAAAUAAAAAUAUGUUUUUUAAAUCUAAAAGCCAGAGAUUUCUGUACUAUAUUAGAUAAAAAAAACUCCUUAUUAUUUAUAUAUUAUUAUCAGUAAAUCAGUUUGCCGCCUUUUGGUCGGUUGCUAAAACAUUUCUUUCACGGUAAAAAUUUUUUUUAAUACUAUUCGGUCUUAUUUUUUUUGACUAUUUAUAGCGGUACUUUAUUUUUUUUCUAAAAAUCGGCUCAUCAUUGACUACGAUGCAACAUGAUACUAUUUACGUAUGUAUCUAAAUAUAAGCUAAUAUAAUAAGUUAUUAAUAAUAUUGUUACAA